GGAGGGAUUUUUGUAAAUAUUAAUUCAUAUGAGCUUGUAUAUCAUUCCUUUUUUGAUGUUUUAUUCUUAACUAUCAUUAUAUACUACUUAUAUUAGAUACAAAAUGGCUUACAUUACACUAUUGUCAUUUAAAUAAAUAAUUUCAUCUAUGAUAUUUCAUUAUAUUCAUAUGUAUAAUGAUAAUAUUAUGAAAUAAUGAAUUCUAUAUGAUAUAAAACAAUAAAACAAUAAAACUAUACACAUAACUAUAUUACUGAAUUGAUAUCAUCAUAUCAGAUUUGUAUUAGUAAUAAUAAUAAUCACAAUAAUAAUAAUAAUACCAAGAAUAAGAAUGAACAGUUAAGUGGAAUGAAUUCAUUCAAUAAUUCCAUUGGAAAUUUAUCUUCUACAAGAAAUAGUUCAUCUUUAAUAACAAAUUCAAUGAAUACUACUAAUAAUAAUAAUAACAGUAAUAAUAAUAAUAAUAAUAAUAGUAAUCUAUGUAUUAAUACAUCAAGAAAUAAUGAUUAUACAAAUGGUAAUGAAUCUAAUGGAAAUUAUACAACAACAUCAUCUAUAUUAGGAUCUAAUUCAAGAAUUUUAAGUAAUUGUGCUGAAUGUGGUCUAAGAAUUAUUAAUUUAAUAGAUACAUGUUAUGCAAUGGGAUAUUUAUAUCAUAAUUCAUGUUUUGUAUGCUGUUGUUGUAAGAGAACAUUACGCGGGAAGGUGUUUUACAAAGAUCAAGAUAAAAUAUAUUGUGAAGAAGAUUAUCUGUAUUGUGGGUUCCAACAAACAGUGGAGAAAUGUUUCGCAUGUGGACAUAUUAUUGCUGAGACAAUACUUCUAGCUGUUGGAAAAACAUAUCAUCCAGGAUGUUUUCGAUGUUGUAUUUGUACUAAAUGUUUAGAUGGUAUACCAUUUACUAUUGAUUCAAAUAAUUUAAUUUAUUGUUUACCGGAUUAUCAUUUAAUUAAUGGACCAUUAUGUGCUGUUUGUGGUUUAGUAAUUAUGCCAGAUGAGGGUUCAAAUGAAGUUAAACGAGUUGUGGCACUUGGUAAAGAGUUUCAUAUUGAUUGUUAUCGUUGUAUUGAUUGUAAACGUAAUUUAAGUGAUGAAUCAGAUAAACGUUGUUAUCCUUUCAAUGAACCAGAUCCUGGAAUAUCUGGACGUAUUAUACAACGUUUAUUAUGUUUAAAUUGUCAUUUACAACGAAUUGGUGCUAUUCCUGCCACAUCAGCUGGUAGUGGUAAUACUAUAAACACUAAUAAUCAUCAUCAUCAUCAUCAUACAAAUAAUAUUUCUAUUACUGGUAGUCAUUUAAAAUCAAAUAGUGGAAUAAUAAGUCAUACUAAUACAACACCUAUAAACAAUAUCAAUAAUACACGUUAUACAACUAUGUCAAAUAGAAAUAAUAAAUUAAAUACAAUCAAUUCUAAUCAAUAUUUGCAACAACAACAACAACAACAACAUCAACAUCAACAUCAUCAUCUUUAUCAUCAUCCUAAUCAUUCUCAUAAUCAAUUAAGUAAUACAUCAUCAAGUACAUUAUUGACACAUAGUUAUACACCAAUAACAUCAUAUACUACUCGUAGUAUACAAUAUACAACUCCUAAUACAACAAUCUCUGCAACGUCAGGUUUAAAUCAUCGAAAUAGUAAUACUACUACCACUACUACCACUACUACUACUACUACUACUACUACUACUAAUAAUAAUAAUAAUAAUAAUAAUAAUAAUAAUAAUAAUAAUAAUAAUAAUAGUAGUAACAAUUAUGCAUUGAAUUGGGAGAAGACACGAACCAAUAGUAUAAAUAAGCAUAAUUCACAUAAUCAUAAUGCUAGUCAUUCACAAUAUACAAAUAUUCAUUAGAAAUUGUCAAAAUUUCUAUCAUACAAACAAUUAACUAUAUCUGUUUGUCUAUAUUAUAUCACCAUUAUCACCUUCGCUGCCACCGACGUCGUUGCUGUUGCCGUUGCCGUUGCCGCCGCCACCAUCACUGCUGUUGUUGUUGUUAUUAUUCUUAUCUCUUCUACUUUAUCUUUAUUCUUUGUUUAUCUCUAGUCGAAUAAAUUGUUGGAUUAUUUCUGAUCAACUUUAUAAUCCUUUAUGAAUUGAGGUAUUUGGCAUCAAUCACUCAUUACUAUGGUUUACAUUAUUAUAAUAUGAAUAAAUUAAAGAAGCAUAUAUAUAUAUAUUGCCACAAUAUGCAUUUCAAAUGAUCUUCCUAUACAAAGCUGAAAGUAAUCAUUUACAAAUUGUUAAUACAUUAAAACUAUAGUUUGUUUGUUCAUUCAAAUGAAAAAGUAUCUGUGUUUAUUCAUGAUAAAUCUUACUAAUUGAAUAUUAUAUUCACUUUUAAAGCUAUUCUCAUAAUCCCCUAAGCUAGAACGAUAUAACGACUUGAACAUGAGAGAGAUGGUGUAAAAAGGUAGCGAGAACCAAUUUACGCCAUAGAUUUGUAUGAGUACAGAAAAAAUAUAUACAGGG